AAUUCCCUCAUCCCUACCCUCACUCUGACAUCCCCUGCUCCUCAAUCUAGCGGAUUGAGCUCAAGCAUGCCUCUGUGAAGACAUCCUAUACUCCUCAGGGGCCCAGCCACCUUUCCCUUACCACUUGCAUGAAAUGUCACAUGUGCCUCUAGUAUCGCAUUUUAGUACACGGACUUAACAUUUAUGGGUUACGACUGUCUCCCAAUCAGCACUGAGUUCCAAGGGGAAGCGUGCCUGGCUUAUAUCCACAAAACUGUGUUGAAGUGUUGUAUUUUGCAAAAAGUGCUGAAAUAGCAGGGAUUCGCUCGGAGACCAUUUCUGUUCCACAAGAAAUAAAAGCAUUGCAGCUGUGGAAUGAGAUAGAAGCACGACAUCCUGGAUUGGCUGAUGUCAGAAAUCAGGUGAUAUUUGCUGUCCGUCAAGAAUAUGUCGAGCUUGGAGAUCAGCUCCUCCACCUUCAGUCAGGAGAUGAAAUUGCCAUCAUCCCCCCCAUUAGUGGAGGGUAGUGCUCUGGAGCCAUUUAGGUGUGUGAGGAAAGAUCUGAAUGAAAUUGAAGAGAAACCUAAAGAUAUAAUAAAAUUCACUGCUGAGAAACUCUCCGUAGAUGAAGUCUCACAGUUGGUGAUUUCUCCACUCUGUGGUGCAGUCUCCCUAUUUGUAGGGACUACAAGAAACAACUUUGAAGGGAAAAAAGUCAUUAGUUUAGAAUAUGAAGCAUAUCUACCGAUGGCAGAAAAUGAAAUCAGAAAGAUCUGUAGUGACAUUAGGCAGAAAUGGCCAGUCAAACACAUAGCAGUGUUUCAUAGACUUGGCUUAGUUCCAGUAUCAGAAGCGAGCGUUAUCAUUGCUGUGUCCUCGGUCCAUAGGGCCUCAUCCCUCCAGGCUGUGAGCUAUGCCAUUGAUACUUUAAAAGCCAAGGUGCCCAUAUGGAAAAAGGAAAUGUAUGAAGAAUCAUCAUCAUCUUGGAAAAGAAACAAAGAAUGUUUUUGGGUAACUGAUGAUUAAGUCACAUUUUUUAAGAGUACUAAAAUUAAAUUUGGUGAACAACUGCCUUUA